AUGGCGGUCUUGCCGUGUGUCUUAUUUUCGGCCGCUGACGUUUCAGAUGCGAAAGAUCUCAUCAAACAGUUGCUUGACAUUCCAGAAUUAGUUGACAAUUCUGAUCAAGAUUUUCCACAAUAUGAAUGGAAAGUAGAUACAAAAUAUUAUACUGCCCAAGUUGGCCUCUGUGCAGUUUCUGAUCAAAGUGCAAAUCUAUGCCGAGAAUCACCAGAAUCAAUUCAAUCUCUCAUCCUUUACUUUGAUGCCGAGGAGGAAAAGAGUUUCCAAUUUUUCGACAAAUGGCUCCCUUUCCUUGCUGAGCACAAACCAGAAGUCUUAAUUGCAGUCUGUCGACAUUGUUCCGAUUUUACAGCUAUUCCAAGGAUGACUAUUCUCAAUUGGUGCAUAGAAAAUGGAUUUGAGUUAGUGGAAUUGAAACCUGACCUCAGUGAUGAAGAAGAGGAAGAAGAUGAUUUUCCUGAAACUGUGGGUGUAGCCAGAAUUAUUCAAGCUCUACAUGCACACACUUGGCCAAAUUUGGUUAUGAAGAAAGAUGGACCAUCUUUUUGCCAAUCUUAUUUGAGUGAGCUGAUGGCCGAAGAUGUUGCUUUGCCUCCAUCAACCACUGAUGGCAUUGUUAACAAUGAACACAAUCAAGAUAUUUGCUUGAAACGAACUUCCGACAGCACAACUAUAGCCAGUUGCCCUGAUACAUCUGAAGAGCCAACCGUCUCCCUUAGAGGUGAAAGUAACAAUGUCUGCACAAGUACUAACAACUACACAAAGACGGACGACCAGUCAUCCUGUAAUCAAACUAAGCCAGAUAAUAUUUUCUGUGAAGAAGACCUGUCAAUGUUUGCUGCACUGGGAUCUGAAGAUGCUGAUCAGGGUUCAUUUGAGGUUCUUUUUGAAAAAUUACAAGUUAUGAAAGAAAAAGCACAGUACCUACCACAUAAUCAAAGGAAACAGUAUGCAGAAAAGAUGGCUGUUUCCUUCUGGAAGGCAAUUGGUGGAGAUGCUGAUGAAAUUGAUGGACUCUCUGACACAGAUGAAGAAUCUUAA